CGUUCCCCUCUGCAGAUUUCAUGUAGGAGUGUUCAGCUCACGCGCGCCCUCCUUUCACCUUUUUUAGGGUUUUUGUUUCCAUUUCGUCUCUCAGCGCAGCCGCUCAUCCCUUUCAAACCCUCAAUCUCCACUCUCCCCCGCAGUGUUUUUGUUCCAUUCGUCUUCUAGAUCUGUCUCAUCGCUGCCGCUUCCGCUUCCGCUUUCCAGCGGCUUUCCUUCUAGAUCGGUCCACAACAGGCGUGCCACGACUGAAGAAAAAUUCAAAAUCCGAAGCCAUUAUUGACGAACGAAGCUCUUCUACACCAUGUCGAUUCCGGGGUCCUCAGAUAUCGAGGAGGACAUUCGUGCAUUAGAACUUGAUCCACCGGAAGAUAGUAAUGGAGUUCCUAAUUCAGAUGUAAAGAUGGAAGAAAUUGUGAAGUCGGACAACAUGGAAGAAGAUUUGAGGACAGAGGACCAUCCCCAACCAACCCAAGCUAUCCAGGUUGAAGAACAAGUGAGGGAGAACAUACCUGCUAAGGAGAAGGAAAUUUCUUUGCCUGAAAAUGAAGACGAAGAGGAUUUGGAGUUGGAUCGCAAAAGACACUUGAAUGUUGUGUUCAUUGGUCAUGUUGAUGCUGGUAAGUCUACAAUUGGAGGUCAGAUACUUUUCCUUAGCAAUCAGGUUGAUGAGCGUACAAUACAGAAGUACGAAAAAGAAGCAAAGGAUAAAAGCAGAGAAAGCUGGUACAUGGCAUAUAUCAUGGACACAAAUGAAGAAGAGAGAGUCAAGGGGAAAACUGUUGAAGUGGGAAGAGCACAUUUUGAAACUGAGACCACAAGGUUUACAAUUUUGGAUGCUCCGGGUCACAAAAGUUAUGUGCCAAAUAUGAUCAGUGGGGCAUCUCAAGCUGAUAUAGGGGUGCUGGUAAUUUCUGCUAGGAAAGGAGAAUUUGAAACUGGAUAUGAGAGAGGUGGACAGACUCGUGAGCAUGUUUUGCUGGCAAAAACAUUAGGUGUUGCUAAGCUACUUGUUGUAGUGAAUAAAAUGGAUGAACCCACAGUUAAAUGGUCUAAAGAAAGGUAUGAUGAGAUUGAGUCUAAGAUGGCACCCUUUUUGAAGGCAUCUGGUUACAAUGUAAAGAAAGAUGUCCAAUUUCUACCAAUAUCUGGUCUUCAUGGUAUUAAUAUGAAAACAAGAGUGGAUAAGAAAGUAUGUCCAUGGUGGAAUGGUCCAUGCUUGUUUGAAAUCCUUGAUACGGUUGAAGGUCCUCCAAGAAAUCCAAAAGAUCCAUUUAGGAUGCCUAUCAUUGACAAAUUCAAGGACAUGGGAACAACUGUUAUGGGUAAAGUUGAAUCUGGCUCUGUGCGUGAGGGUGAUUCCUUAUGGGUAAUGCCAAAUAAGACUCAGGUGAAAGUUACAACUGUUAUGUGUGAUGAAAAUAAAGUUAAGCGUGCUGGACCGGGUGAAAAUCUCCGUGUUAGAAUAUCUGGAAUUGAGGAAGAAGACAUAAUGUCUGGGUUUGUAUUGUCAAGCAUUGCAAAUCCAAUACCUGCUGUUUCUGAGUUUAUUGCACAGUUGCAGAUUCUUGAGCUGCUGGAUAAUGCAAUAUUUACAGCUGGAUAUAAGGCCGUACUUCACAUUCAUGCUGUUGUCGAAGAAUGUGAGAUCAUAGAGCUGCUACAUCAGAUUGAUCCAAAGACUAGGAAACCUAUGAAAAAGAAAGUUCUCUUUGUGAAGAAUGGUGCAGUUAUUUUGUGUCGCGUCCAGGUCAAUAACUUGAUCUGCAUUGAGAAGUUUUCUGAUGUUCCUCAGCUUGGAAGAUUUACACUUCGUACUGAAGGGAAGACAGUUGCUGUAGGAAAGGUCACUGACAUUCCAUCUGCAAGCAAUUAAACAAUUUUGAUCUGUGAGGGAAAUUUAUGAACUUGAUAGGAGCUGCAGCGUGAAGGCCCUGCAUUCUCGACCUAAUCAAACUUUAGGUUAUGCUGCUUCUAGAAGCUGGUUUUUCACAGAGUCGAUGCCGGCCGCGUUAUUGGCUAUGAAAAAAGAAACUAAAAAUAUGGAUGGGUUACAUCUGUUUGGGUACCAGUUUUAUACACAAUGUUUUUCAUAUAUGGUUGUAAAGUUUGAUUUUCUUUUAUUAUCGUUGAAUAUAGUUGCCAUUUUGUUAGUCAAUCCAAUCCAUAUGUUCAACUAUCAUCCGUUCCUUUUUCCUGAAACUGAAUGUUUGGUAUCCAUGGUUCCUAAUAUUUUGGUCUGUACUAGCUUCACGGUAUUAAUAAACAUUAAGAUGAGGCUUGUGUUUGUUAACUUAGCAUUUUCUGAUUGGAAAAUCUAGGAGAACUA